GACUUCAUACUAUUUACACUGACGGGAUGAGCGCUGUCUGGCUGUCCAUGGCUUUUCAUCCCGGAACAAGGCGUCAGUGGCACUAAGGGAAGUUUCAUCGAGGCCACAGUGUUGAGACGCAGCGUGUCGGACGCACUCUAUUGAGUUAGUGUAGCUGGAGAAGGCUGGACUGCACGAUGCAGACGCGUCGCCCCUUGUCGGCGCUGGCGGUUAGCGGCGAGGUGUCGCUUUCUUUCCAGGAUGAGCUCGCUGCCACCAUCCACCGAGCCUUCGAGGUAGCGGUGGAGAUCGCAGUGGUGGAGGUCAGUAAGUUAGUGAGCCAGGCGCUGGGCGAUGUGCGCGAUCAGAUGCAGGAGACUCUGAGGGAAAACACGUUCCUCAAGACGCGGCUGCAGUCCGCCGAGCUCGAGCUGGACUCCGUGAGAAAGGGCAGAAAGAGCAAAAACGCGUGUGCAGGAGAUGAUGAUGCCGAUCAGUCGCAAAGCGACUUCUCUCAGAGACACGAAAGCCAGACCAAGUGUGAGAGCCGAACCACGGGGAAAGCAGACAACAGUCCAGCAACUCAGGAGGCUGAGAAAAUGUGCCGAUAUGACAGCGGCUCCGAGAGACAGGACGAGUCUUUCUGUGAAAUCCGUGAGGAUGGAAGUGUUCGCUCACGUGACUUGGGCUCAGCAUCCUUAUCAGUCCAGUGCCGUGAUCAGAAGUCAGGUCCAUCACAUGAAUCUCUUAUACCAGAGAAUCAACAGAUGGCACAGCACAGCCAAGAUAUACUCAGUGAUCAGAAUCCACCAUCUGUUGAGCAGCCAGUCUGCAAGAAAGAGGAAAACCUAGAUCCACAGCUGGGUGAUGUUUCUGGAGAAGAUGACGGGAAUGAUGAGAGUCAUCUGGAUGAAGAAGAAGAAGAUGAUGAUGAUGAUGAUGAUGAUGAUGAUGACAUAAGGCCAAGCUGCAGCUUUAACUCAGAGCAUGAUGAAGAGUUUGAGCCAGACAGACUUUCUCUGGUUCAGUCUAAACUGUUGGAGGACUGGAGACCUGAUCCAGAGGCGCCACAAAGCAAUCAGAACGAGAGCGCAAAUGCUGGACCCAGCCGUAGUCUAGAUGCUUCAGACUUGAUCUCUGCACCUGUUGGUAGUAAUCCCGGCUUUUCAGCCUCCUUCGACGCCCUCUACCAAUCAGUAGCCAGAACUCACCUCGUCCAUCAAGCUCCUCCAAACGACGAUGUCCAGAUGAGGACAAACGUCCCAACCAGGAUUCACCAGUGCAAAAUCUGCGGCCACUCGUUUAGUCGGGCAAGUGAUCUGCGCAGACAUCAUAGUCACCGGCACAGAGUGAGGGCAACUAACCCGGCUAAAACAGGAAGUGCAGGGCGACCUGUCAAACAGCAGCUCUUUCCUCCAGGCUGUAGCCCGUAUCACUGCAACGAAUGUGGCCGGGACUUUAACCGUAUGGAAAACUUAAAGACGCAUUUGCGCAUACACACCGGAGAACGUCCGUACUCUUGUUCUGUAUGCGGGGUACGGUUCCGGCACUCAGGGGCACUCACACGCCACUUCCGUAUCCACACAGGCGAAAAGCCGUAUGUGUGCGGGCAGUGUGGGAAACGUUUCCGGAACUGCGGCGGCCUGCGCUUCCACCAGAAAUCCCACACUACCGAUAGACACAUGGUUUUGAAUUGUGUUUAAAGAAGCUGGAUUGUUGUUUGGAGCAAUUGUAUAGUUGUGCGAUUUAGGGCUGGCCAAUAUGACCUCAAAUCAGCGUCUUGAUCAUUUUUUAAACCAUUACCUCGAUGACGAUAUAAAAACAGGAGUGUUUUUUUUUUUUAAAAACAUGCUUACUUUUUUAAGUAGGUGCUCUCACAUUAGAUUUGCAGAAAGAUGUUUAAGUAUUAAAACUGGGAAGGCUUUUUGUGAAGAGUUAAAACGAGUAUUCGUUCUGUUGUAGCUGUGGGAUCUGUAGGAUUUAAUGGCGUUUGUGCGAGUCUGUCCAUAUCGAGUGGUUUUAACAAAUGCGUGUAAGCAACGGCUGUGUCGGGAAAUCACGUGAGUGCACUUCAUAUUGUACAACAUGUAUGUGCUUUUAAAUGAAUACGUUGCUCUUGUUAGCUUUGCUGGCUGAUUUGUUUUUUUUCCCCCCAACAGUUUACAUUGGACACUAUGUCCUAUAGUAUAUAUUUAACCCAAAUCACUAACAUUGCAGUGUUUAGUGAUGAUAUGACUGUUCUCGUUUGAAGGCUGGAUUUUACUGGGUUUUGUAGAGAUGCUACACAAAAAUAUACGAUGAGGGGAAAACCCAGUAAUAUAAUGUUACUGAGACAAAAGACUAAUCUCCUCCAUGCCUUAUGUCAGUUAUGUAAAACUGUAUGUAGUCAUACCAACAACUAGUUAAAUUGUGACGUGUUUAGAAAAUGUGCAUAUAAUUCAACAGAAAACUCCAGGAAUUAUGAAAUAUUUUCUUUUAUCUUUUAAGCAUACACAUUUACAAGCUUUCAGUUCGCUUCCCUGCCAUUGUACAUCUUUUCUUUCUGUAUCUUUUUUUCAUUUCUU